CGGUGUCGCUAGCGCGCGUCACGUGCAACGAAUCCUCCGAUUCGGGCACGGCGCUCGCGCGGCGCUCAGAUCCCCUUUCGUAUCCUUCACCGGAGGAAUCGGACCUAACCUUCAUUCUCACCUCCUCCUCCUCACCCUGCCUGCUCAUCCUCCUGCUCAUCUUCUUCAGUGCUCCUCGCGCAGAGAGGAAGCGAGGGGAAUCUACAGAGACACAAGAGAGAGAGAGCGGAGUGCAACCAAAGGGGUCGCCAGGAGAACCGAGGUGCGCGCGGGGCGGGGGGUGUGAGGCGACUCGAGGAUGUUGUCAUGUUGAGGGGGAAUCUGAAAGGACGCGCGCGCACGCACGCACUCCACACGCACUCUACACACGCGCGCGCGGACGCACUCUUCCUCACUCACGCGCGCGCGCUCUCUCGCUCCCUCCCUCGCUAGCUCUCUCUCUCUCUCUCUCUCUAGCUCUAGCAGCCCCGGUACACGGGGAGGGGGGAGGAACGCGCGAGCUGCUGCUGCUAUGGGAGGCCAGAACACCUUGGACACCUCCGGAACGGCGCCGAGCCGGUGAGGAACAUAGCAAGAGACAAUAAAAAAAAAACUGAAAGAAGAAGAAAAUAAGACGCGUUCGAAUAUGUUUUCAUCGGAGGAGAGAUCUGUUAAUUUUUUAUUAUCCAUCCAUCUCCGGAGGAAGGGGACUAAUAAUGCGGGGGGCGCGCGGAAGCCACACCGUCCACACCGUACCCAAUAUUGCGGAUGUUUUGGGGAAAAUAAAUAAAUAAAUCGAUUUUUUCCUCUCCUUUUUUUCUUGGUUCAGGGGGAAAACGGACCAGACACGUGAGUGUUUGUACAAAAAAUGCGCUUUGUUUUAUUAAGAAAUCAUUAUUUUUGAAGUCAUAAAAAUGGUAUGAACGACAGAGUCCGUUCGGGAUUUCAUACAGAGGGAAAGAGAGAGAGAAGGAAAUUUAGAGAGAGAGAUAUUGAGGAGGAACGGUCGGUUAAGAUGGAGCUGGAGACGUGAAGAAGGAGAAGGACCUGCUGUAGGGAUGGUGAGGAUGAUGAUGAUGCUGCUGAUGCUGAUGCUGGGACACGAUGCAGCGAGACCGCGCGCUGAGGUGAGGACGGACUGACUGGGUUGGGUGUGUUUUAAGCGCGAGCUCCAGGGACACGAGCAUCAUCACGCGCUGUUCAUCUAUUACCUAUAAACAUUUUGGACAUUUGUUUGUGCGUUUUUUUUUUGUUUUUUUUUACGUUUUUUUGAACGUUAUUUUUAACGUUAUGGAGACGUGAACGCGCCCCCUCCCUCCCUCCAUCUCUCCCUCUCUCCCUUUCCCCCCCAUUAAUAACGGGAAUGUGAUGUGGUUGUGGUGGCGCGGCGGAGCCUCUUUCUUCUUCUCCUCCUCCUCCUCCUCCUCUUCCUCCUCCUUUUUCUUCUUCUUCAUCUUCAUCUUAUUCUUCUGCUCGGCCUCUCAACCUCUCGCGCACGGCUUGGAAUGGCGCGCUUCACGGACGAGAUGCCGUCCCGCUACGGCGGGGGCGGCGGCGGCGUGCACGCGCACGCGCACGGCCACGGGCAUGCGCACGGACAUGGACAUGGGCACGCGCAGGGUGGCCCCGCGCGCGGAGGCGGUGGCGGCCUUGGCGGGGGUGGGCCCGGAAGGCAAGGGGGCCCUCCCGGGACCCAUCGGGUCUACAAGCAGUCCAUGGCACAACGCGCCCGAACCAUGGCCCUCUACAACCCCAUCCCAGUCCGACAGAACUGCUUCACUGUCAACCGCUCGCUGUUCAUCUUCAGUGAGGACAACUUCGUGAGAAAGUACGCCAAAAAGAUCACCGAGUGGCCUCCGUUCGAGUACAUGAUCCUGGCCACCAUUAUCGCAAACUGCAUCGUCCUUGCACUGGAGCAGCAUCUGCCAGACGGGGACAAGACGCCCAUGUCCGAGCGCCUGGAUGACACAGAACCCUAUUUUAUCGGCAUUUUUUGCUUUGAGUCUGGAAUUAAGAUCUUGGCUCUGGGCUUUGCUUUUCACAAGGGCUCCUACCUCCGCAACGGCUGGAACAUGAUGGACUUCGUAGUGGUGCUUACAGGAAUCCUCUCCUCGGUGGGCUCCCAAUUUGACCUGAGAACGCUACGAGCUGUGAGAGUGCUGAGACCACUUAAACUGGUUUCGGGGAUUCCCAGCUUGCAGGUGGUGCUGAAAUCCAUCAUGAAGGCCAUGAUCCCACUGCUGCAGAUUGGACUGCUGCUCUUCUUUGCUAUCCUCAUGUUUGCCAUCAUCGGCUUGGAGUUUUACAUUGGCAAAUUCCACAAAACAUGCUUUGAUGAAAUCACUGAUGAAAUUCGGGAGGAGUUUCCCUGUGGAUUGGAGCCACCAUCCCGCCUCUGUCCGAACGGGACCGUCUGUAGGCUAUACUGGCUGGGACCUAAUUAUGGCAUCACGCAGUUUGACAACAUCCUGUUCGCCGUGCUCACUGUCUUCCAGUGCAUAACCAUGGAGGGCUGGACUGACCUGCUUUACUAUAGUAACGAUGCAUCAGGCAGUGCGUGGAACUGGAUGUACUUCAUCCCGCUCAUCAUUAUUGGAUCAUUCUUCAUGCUUAACUUGGUCCUGGGUGUGCUGUCAGGGGAGUUUGCAAAAGAGAGGGAGCGUGUUGAGAACAGGAGCGAGUUUCUGAAGCUGAGGCGGCAGCAGCAGAUUGAGAGAGAGCUGAACGGGUAUUUGGAGUGGAUCUGUAAAGCAGAAGAAGUGAUCCUGGCAGAUGAGGACCAUGAUGGAGAUGACCGGAUGCCCUUUGACGGAUCGAGGAGAAGACCAACCAUCAAGAAAAGCAAAAAUGAUCUGCUGAAUCCAGAAGAGGGGGACGGAGACCUCACACUGGGUUCCCCAUUUGCACGGGCAAGUUUGAAGAGUUCUAAGCUGGAGGGCUCAUCGUUCCAUAAGAAAGAGCGUCGGCUACGUUUCUUUAUUCGCCACAUUGUGAAGACGCAGGCGUUCUACUGGACGGUGCUGUGCCUGGUGGGCUUGAACACACUGUGUGUGGCGGUGGUUCAUUAUGACCAGCCAGAUCGUCUCUCAGAUUUUCUCUACUUUGCAGAGUUUAUCUUCUUGGGUAUCUUUAUGUCUGAGAUGUGCAUUAAGAUAUAUGGACUGGGGACAAGGCCUUACUUUCACUCCUCUUUCAACUGCUUCGACUGCAUCGUCAUAUGUGGCAGCAUAUUCGAGGUGCUCUGGGCUAUGAUCCAGCCUGGGACCUCGUUUGGGAUCAGUGUGUUGCGAGCUCUCAGGUUAUUGAGGAUCUUCAAGGUGACCAAGUACUGGGCCUCUCUAAGGAACCUGGUGGUGUCUCUAUUAAACUCCAUGAAGUCCAUCAUCAGCUUGCUCUUCCUACUCUUCCUCUUCAUCGUGGUCUUUGCUCUUCUUGGCAUGCAGCUUUUCGGAGGACAGUUUAAUUUUGAAGGUGGCACUCCCCCAACCAACUUUGAUACAUUUCCUGCAGCAAUAAUGACAGUGUUUCAGAUCCUGACAGGGGAAGACUGGAACAUGGUGAUGUAUGAUGGGAUCGCGUCUCAGGGAGGAGUCAACAAGGGCAUGGUCUUCUCCAUUUUCUUCAUUGUCCUCACACUAUUUGGAAACUACACCUUACUGAAUGUAUUCUUGGCCAUCGCUGUGGACAAUCUGGCCAAUGCACAGGAGCUGACCAAGGAUGAGCAGGAGGAAGAGCAGGCAGCCAAUCAGAAAAUUGCUCUUCAGAAGGCUAAAGAGGUGGCUGAAGUGAGUCCACUGUCUGCAGCCAAUCUCUCCAUUGCAGCCGUGACCGUUCACUCUGAGCGUCUCAACACUUCUGAACCCUUUCUGGACUGUAAGGAGCAGCAGAAGAAUCAGAAGAACCAUAAGGGUUCUAAGUCAGUGUGGGAGCAGCGCACCAGUGAGCUGCGAAGGCAGACACUAAUGACCAGCAGGGAGGCGCUCUAUAAUGAGCUGGACCCAGAGGACCGCUGGAAGGUGUCUUAUUCUCGCCACAUCCGUCCCGACAUGAAGACCCAUUUGGACCGACCGCUGGUUGUGGACCCUCAGGAGAACAGGAACAACAACACCAACAAAACGCAACCAGGCGAGUCUCAGCGCAGCGGUCAGGAGCUUCUCCACAAACCUCCCGCCUUCCAUCCCCCUGGGCCAGGACGGCCACUGGAAAGAGGAGAGUCCACAGAGUCCAACCGGAGCCGCAGAGACCCCGACAACCAGGCCAGCACACGAACCUCACCGUGUGGCAAUGAGGGGCCGGAGGGAGGCACAAGAGAGCCCCACCGCAGGCGAACGUGUCAGAGCGGACAGAGCGGGCGCUCACGCCAGCACCGGAAGACAGAGGGAGGGACAGAGUGCGAGCACGGUGAUGGGGUGGAGCGCAAGCAGAGACGGCACCGUCAUGGUGACAAAGAGGGGAAGAGGGAGAGAGGAGAGCAAGGAGAGAGAGUGCGGCAUCGAACCCGGAAGGACGGUCCUACCCUUUCCACCACUCGGCCCAUUCAGAAGACUCUGUCCAGGCAGGAUAGUCAGUACAGCGAGGAUCUGGACAACGUCAUGAACAGCAAGCUGGCCACUCAGCCACUGGUGCCCUCGUCCACCCGCAAACACUCCACACCCCACAGCAGCCUGCUGAGCCUGACCAACAGCACCCAUGGCACCCACCUGGGAACAGAGAGCAGCCUCAUCCUCACCAACCCAACAUCCACCACCACAAACCUCGCUAACCUUGCCCAUUUCUCUAAUCUGGACAAGCCUGACUACACCUCCAUAGACAUGCCGCCCAUAUUCCCGUCCCACAACGCCAUCCUACAGGUCAAUAAGAAUGCGAACACAGAGCCACUGCCGAAGAAAGAGGAUACAAAAUGUGACGACGACGAUGAUGAAAAAGAUGAUGGCGGGCCUAAACCCAUGCCUCCCUACAGCUCCAUGUUCAUCCUGUCUACUACCAACCCGUUUCGGAGAUUGUGUCACUAUGUUGUGACUCUGCGGUAUUUCGAGAUGUGCAUUCUGCUGGUCAUUGCUAUGAGCAGUAUUGCUCUGGCUGCUGAAGACCCUGUGUGGCCUGACUCCCCCCGAAAUAAUGUCCUGCGUUACUUUGACUAUGUUUUCACGGGUGUGUUCACCUUUGAAAUGCUCAUAAAGAUGGUAGAUCUAGGUCUAGUGCUUCAUCAAGGCUCUUAUUUUCGUGACCUUUGGAACAUUCUGGACUUUAUUGUGGUUAGUGGUGCCCUGGUGGCCUUCGCCUUCACUGGAAGCAGUAAGGGGAAAGACAUCAGUACCAUAAAGUCCCUCCGUGUGCUGAGAGUGCUUCGACCCCUCAAGACUAUCAAACGCCUGCCUAAGCUCAAGGCUGUGUUUGACUGUGUGGUGAACUCGCUGAAGAACGUGCUAAAUAUUCUCAUUGUCUACAUGCUCUUCAUGUUCAUUUUCGCUGUGGUGGCAGUGCAGCUCUUCAAGGGCAAAUUCUUUUUCUGCACGGAUGAGUCCAAAGAGUUUGAGCGUGACUGCAGAGGUGAAUAUCUAGUGUACGAACGGGAUAACGAAGUGAAGGCGCAGAAGCGGGAGUGGAAGAAGUACGAUUUCCACUACGACAACGUGCUUUGGGCCCUGCUCACCCUCUUCACCGUAUCUACCGGAGAGGGGUGGCCGCAGGUACUGAAACACUCAGUCGAUGCGACUUAUGAGAAUCAGGGCCCUAGCCCGGGAUACCGGAUGGAAAUGUCCAUCUUUUACGUGGUGUACUUCGUGGUCUUCCCCUUCUUCUUCGUCAACAUCUUCGUAGCUCUUAUAAUCAUAACCUUCCAGGAACAAGGAGACAAGAUGAUGGAGGAUUACAGUCUAGAAAAGAAUGAGAGAGCCUGUAUAGACUUUGCCAUCAACGCCAGGCCACUGACUCGUCAUAUGCCUCAAAACAAGCAGACAUUCCAGUACCGCAUGUGGGAGUUUGUGGUUUCACCGCCAUUUGAGUAUACUAUCAUGGCCAUGAUCGCGCUCAACACCAUCGUACUAAUGAUGAAGUAUGAUGGAGCUUCAGAAACGUAUGAGAAAAUGCUAGCCAACCUGAACAUUGUUUUCACCUCGCUGUUCUCUCUGGAGUGUGUGUUGAAGAUCAUUGCCUUUGGAGCACUGAACUACUUCAAAGACGCCUGGAACAUCUUCGACUGCGUGACAGUACUCGGCAGCAUCACUGACAUUAUAGUCACAGAGCUAGCGAAUAACUUUAUCAAUCUUAGUUUCCUGAGACUCUUCAGAGCUGCCCGUCUGAUCAAGCUGCUCAGACAGGGUGAGACCAUCCGCAUUCUUCUCUGGACCUUUGUACAGUCAUUUAAGGCUUUGCCGUACGUGUGCCUACUCAUCGCUAUGCUGUUCUUCAUCUACGCCAUCAUCGGGAUGCAGCUGUUUGGGAACAUUGCAAUUGAGGAGGACGGAGAAAGUGCCAUCAACCAACACAACAACUUCAGGACCUUCUUUCAGGCUCUUAUGCUGCUUUUCAGGAGUGCGACAGGAGAGGCGUGGCAUGAAAUCAUGCUGGCAUGUUUGGGGUCUAAAGAAUGUGAUCCCCGCUCGGGGAACACAGAGCCGGAGUGUGGCAGCGAGUUUGCAUACCUUUACUUUGUCUCUUUCAUCUUCCUCUGCUCUUUCCUGAUGUUGAAUCUGUUUGUGGCCGUCAUCAUGGAUAAUUUUGAGUACCUGACGCGGGACUCCUCCAUCCUGGGACCUCAUCACCUGGAUGAAUAUGUGAGAAUAUGGGCAGAGUACGACCCUGCAGCCUGUGGCAGGAUCAGUUACAGGGAUAUGUAUGACAUGCUCAGACAAAUGUCGCCACCUUUAGGCCUGGGGAAGAAGUGCCCUGCACGGGUUGCCUACAAGAGACUGCUGCGCAUGGAUCUGCCGGUUGCCGACGACAACACAGUGCACUUUAAUUCCACCCUCAUGGCCUUAAUCCGCACUGCUUUGGACAUCAAGAUCGCCAAGGGUGGGGAAGGCGGUGUUGAUAAGCAUCAGAUGGACGCUGAGCUGAGGAAAGAGAUGAUGGCGAUUUGGCCGAAUCUCUCCCAGAAAACGCUGGACCUGCUGGUCACUCCGCACAAGUCAGCGACAGACCUGACGGUGGGUAAAAUCUACGCUGCCAUGAUGAUCAUGGAGUAUUACCGGCAAAGCAAAGCCAAGCGGACCCAGGCUCUUCGAGAUGAGCAGAAUCGAACGCCAUUAAUGUUUCAGCGCCUGGAUCCACCGUCCCCAACCCAGGACGCGGGACAGGGACUCAACAGCCUUCCUGAACAGCAGACGGACCCUGCCAACACCCUAGCGGUGGAUGGAGGCAUCCCGGAGAGCCAGUCCUGGGUCACAGCCAGAGCUCAGGAGAUGUCUCAGAAAGCUGGAAGCUGGAGCCCUGAGGGUCCACCCCCAGACGACACAAAUGAGAACCGCUCCACCUCACAGACGGUAGAGAUGAGAGAGAUGGGGCGGGACGGGUUCUCGGACACUGAGCACUUCCUGCCGAUGGAAGGCCAUGGCAGGGCUGCUUCCAUGCCUCGACUCCCAGCAGACAACCAACAGCCGAGGAGGAGAGGAAGGCAUCGAGGGAAUAACCUUGGCACAAUUACAGACAGCAGCCCUAUGAAGCGCUCGGCCUCAUCACUGGGUCACGGGCGUUUGGGUCGACCGCCACGAGGUGAGGAUUACGUUAUGGAGAGGGUGAUUCCAGAAGAAGGGCAGAGACAUGGGCAUCGGCGCCGUGACCGCAGCCACCGAGCAUCUGAGCGCUCACUCAGCCGAUACACCGACGCCGACACAGGUUUGGGCACGGACCUGAGCACCACAACUCAGUCCGGGGAUCUCCCUCCCAAAGAGAAGGACAGAGACCGGGGUCGGGCGAAAGACCGCCGGCACCAUCACCAUCAUCACCACCACCACGGCUCCAUAGAGAAGGAGCGCUACACACCAGAGAGAGAGCGGGGAGAGUACGGACACCGGCAGCCCCGGGACAGGGACCGCCGUUGGUCUCGCUCACCCAGCGAAGGCCGCGAGUGUCUCACUCACAGACAGGGCAGUAGUUCGGUGAGCGGAAGCCCCGCCCCCUCGACGUCAGGGACCAGCACGCCCAGGAGAGGGCGCCGCCAGCUGCCCCAAACCCCCGCCACUCCGCGGCCCCACGUCACCUACUCACCCGUGGUCCGCAAACCCGUGGCCACACCCCCUCCCGGCUCUCAGACACGCCUCCCAACCCCCACGCCACCCCACCACCCGCCACCACCGUCCCACCACGGCUCCCCACGGCACGGCCGCUGGGGUCCAGGCUCAUCUGAGGGCACGGUGAUGGUGGGUGAUGGUGGUUUCUACGAUGAGCAGGACUACGAUUUUGGCCGUCAAGAGCCUCCGGCCUACGAUCAAAGCCCGCCCGCGCAGGGCAACCCCCACCAUGCCCAUAACUCUCCACACCCCCGCUCACCCAGGACUUCCCGCCAUGCUCCUGUCCAGCAAGGCCAGCCGGUGCCUCACCCUGCCCGCCGGAUGCCCAAUGGGUACCGCUCCUCGUCGCCAUCCCCCCACCACCACCCUCCCACACACCCCGGACCCCACAAACCUCCCCACCCCAGAGGGCCCAGAAAGGGCCUGCACGAACCCUACAGUGAGACAGAUGAGGACGACUGGUGCUAGCCUCUGGGGAAAGGGGAGGGAGGGUGGGACAGGGAACAAGGGAGCACUUCAGCAUUCGCUGGAAUGGGACGCUGCCACAUAAAAAGGCUGCAACACGGGCCUCGUCGGAGGUCAACAUGAAGGCCAUAUUGGAAGUCAUAACGAAGGUCAAAAUAAAGGACAUAACGAAGGUCAGACGCUUCCCUAAGUCUGCAUGCUCCAGGGAAGCACCAAGUAGUGUGCUUGGAGGCUCCAAAGGGGAAAAUCAAGGCAUGAUUCUUUCCUUUCUGUUCUUUGUGUUUUCUCUUUUCUCUAACGUUCCCCUGCAAAUAUUUUGGACUGCAUUAAAGUUAAACGUAAGGACAAGAGACGUGUAGCGUGGAUAAAAAAAAAUCUGAAACACUGGAAAAAACGGCCUUGCGUAAUAUUUUAAAGCAGGGGAGUAAAUGUACUGCACUCUUUUUCUGGACACAGCAUUCAUGCAGACAGAAAUGACGUACCACAAUCACCACUGACCAGAACUCCCACUCGAGUUGAGUCGCUCAAAAACAACACGGAGAAUCGACACUUGCUUUACACAACUUGACCUGGAGCUCCGUCUAAUUGCAAAAAUCCACCCACAUGUUGGGUAAUAUUGAUGAGUUUUAUCAUCUGUGUUUACUGUUAAUAAUUAUUUCAGUGAGGUUGAGGCCACUGGCUGUGUGAGUGUGUGUGUGUGUGUGUGUGUGUGUGUGUUUGCGUGCGUGAGGGUGGGUUUUUGCCUAAAAAAAAGAAAACAAAACAGGUAAGGGUCAGGCAGGGGCACACACACGCCCUGACUGAGUUUUUUUUUUGGGAACUGUCAUGUCUUGCUAUCGACCCCCAGCAAAGUGAAGAGAGAAGAAAAUACAAAAAGCGAAAAGAGGGGAGGAAAAAAAUAAGUUAACAAAACGGUCUUCACUCUUUCUUCUUCUACGGCUUCUUCUACUUCUUGUUGGAAACAUUGGAGCUUGAUUCUUCUGUUGCACUGCUCAGCUUUGUUUGAACUUCUAGAAUUUAAAAAAUCCCUUGGAAAAAUCCUGCAUGAUUGAAACAACAGCAAAAGAUUAAAAAAAGAAACUUUGAAUGGAUUGGGGAAAGUGGGGAGGGGGGUAAACUUCUUGGUCCUUUCUUUAUGUCUGUGAAGUUCUCUCUCUCUAUAGUCUCAGGCCUUCCUCCCUUUCACUCUUCUCUGAAAUCAUCCCUCGUUCUGCAGCACAAAGAGAACGAGAGAUGGCACAAAGGGGACAAGAGGCCCAACACCACUUUUGCAGGUUUAGACAGUGCCAUCAGCAUAUGAUCUUUAGGCUUUUGCUUGUGGUAGAACGUUGUAAAAAUCAGGUGCUCUGAUAAGUGGAGCUAGGAAUGAGAAAUAUGGCAGUUUUAUGGGAGUUAAAGAGGUGUUAAUGGGUUGUGGGCAAAAUUUAUUUAAUUUCAUUAUUUUAUAGUCUAUUUUAUUUCAAUAUUCUAGUUUAAACCCAUCAGAGUUUUUAAAACAGAUUUUAUUUCUAAAUGACUCAAACCAAUCCUAACCAAUAAUGAUACUAAAAUAAUAAAGCAAGAAUUAUUCUCUAUUCAUCGAUUGCUUGCACACAUAACACAUUUGACAGACAUACAAGCACAUUGACCCGUCUACACAUCCACAAACACACACAUAAAUAUGUGUAAAUACACUGUACCUGAACUCUUCUCCCCUAACUCCAGUCUUCCAGGGUGUGAUGGAGUAAGAAGGGGCCGGAGGCUACGAGAAGAGAGAGAGAGAACCACUUCAUCUUUCUAUUAGAUUUGUUCUUAACAAUGUUGUUUAUACAUACAAAAGAUUACCAGAAUGACGAUAACGACAAUGAUGGUGAUGAUGACGAAGUUGACAAUGACGAUAAUGAUGAUGAUGUCAAUGCUUUGAUUUCGUAUCUAGUUUUGGUUCUUUGACUCAGCUGUGCUCUUUGUACUUCCAUAUAUUGUUUCGGUGUGGUUCUGUUUGUGUGGUACGUGGAGCUCUGUGGCAGAUUUGGACCGUUCUGGACCAUGGUAGACUCGCCUCAUAACCUCCUGCUGAUCCUGCCAGACGUAGCGGCCAGGUAGCGCAGAGACACGUCCGUGACUUACUCGUCUAAACUAACUGAGCCUCGACUGUAAAGACAGAUAUUUUCCUAGAUGUGAAAAGAAGAUAUACAGUAAAGAUAUGCUGAUAUGAGUUAUUUAUGAUGUAAUUUAUGAGUUGUGAAUCAAUGCAGAUGUACAUAGUCAGUUUAAAAGUAGCAUACGCUCAAAAAAAUCUACAGGAAUAAGAUAUUUUUGAUGAGAUCAUACAGAAAUUACAAAUAUUAAUACCUAUAUCAGAGCUGAUAAAGAAGAUAUGUAUAUGUAUAUCUUGAAAGAGUGCCCAGACUCAAGUAAAAGAGAUUGUAAGAAUGAACUGGCUGAGAUCAAAUUUCAGGGCUAGUAUUCGCCGUGGGAACCCACAUCAAUGUGUUCCCUAUUAACAUUCCUUUUUAUAGAAUGCAGGAAAACAGUAUUUUACAGUAUUUACACCCAUAAUGUUUUAUUUUUUUCCCAUGGGCAUGCACAUUAGGAGGGGGGUGGAUCUGAGCGUAAUGUGACUGUGCCAGUUACUGACAUGACGUGACAUGACGUUUACGUUAACAUAAUCAGUGUGUGGAAAUGUACAGUAUAUUGGAAGAAAGGAAGGAAGGAACAGAGCUCCACUACCUCUAGCAUAUCAAUAGAUGGCACUGUGCUCCACACAGUUGUAGCCUGUAGUCCUGAUGCGCACACUCUUGUCACCAUGUCUUUCUGUUCAAUGUCGAUUUUUGUCGAUGAUCUGUAACACUGGGAGUAGGACUUUAAUGUCUGUCACCGAUGGUGCACCAUUCUGUGUUCAGGACAUGUAACACAGCCAAUCCAACUGCACAGGAACAUGUAACACAGCCAAUCAAAUUGCAUGGGUGAAACAAUGACCGGGCCUUUUCUGCCAAAAAAAAAAACAACAAAAACAAAAAAAAACUAACUCUUGUCUCUUGUGUCUCCCGCUGAUCUUUGUGUCCCUUUUCACGGCCCGAAAAUUAACCAUCAUCCUCCGAUCCACACGGAUACACUGCCAAAUGAUAUCUGUCCUGAAGGAAGGACACACACAGCGAUCAUUUUACUAUAUGUAGCAUUUCGAGACUGACAUGCAUAGCCGCUCAUGGUCACAUCAUUAUUUUGCACUGAAUAUAUAUAUAUUUAUAUUUAUUUUUACAGUACUUUAUCUGUUAAUCACUGAAAGGGGGGCAUCCAUUAUCAGGAGAAUUGAUUAGUCAUUUUCAGACAUUAGGAAGGUAUGAGGGCUCCCCUUGCUAGAUUGAAGUUCUAAGCCGGAAGGGUGGUUUGUAGGUCUGGGAAUGUAUCACUGACUUAGUUGUUCAGUGCCUUAUUCAACACACAGUCGACAUGCACUAUUGCUAUAUAUACAUCUGUCUAUCAGUCUGUUUGUCUAUUCAUCUGUUUAUCUGUCUCUGCAUCUGUUUAUCCUUUUUUCUAUUGGGAGUACACAAAAUAAUGAGAUAGAACCUAUUAUUAUAAUGUUGAUGUGACCAAAUUACACCUCAAACAAAUAUAAUUGUAUUAAUAAUAGUUCCCCUUGAUUUCUCUUAGGGGCUUUCUUUUAAAAUCAAAUGUAUAUGUUAUUUAGUGUCUUCUAGAACAGUGUGUCAUAUUAAGAAUUGCUAAAAGUUGUUCUCAGAAGGUUGUCAUUUUUGGCUGAAAGUUGUAUUAUUUUGAAAAGCAGUGGAAUCCUAAGGCACGUUGAAAUUUUUGGAGCUUUGCCUAACACUUGAAUACAACAGCUGCUAAAACUAGGGCCCUAUGAAAUCCGUUCAUUUGUUUCCAAAAUUCAUUUUUUUAUGUGACAGUUUUGUCUUAAUAUAAGAAACACAUUUUUUACAGUCCCAAUUCCGUCCAUGUUCUCCACAUGACGGAAAUCAUAGGGUCCUAUAAAACCCACCAGGCCUUAAACUGGCUACAGAAUGCAAUUUCACCUUGUCUGACCCAUUUAAAAUGAAACCAAAUCUGUGUCAAAAGCUUUUUAAAACCCAGGUCGGAAACUGCUUAAUCCAAAGCAGGUGGCUGAAAACACGUAAUCUGACCUGUUUGGAAUAAACUUUGGGUCAUAGACUCAAUCACUGGUGAAAAGUUGAGAAAAGUAAUUGAGAAUGGUCGUGGCGAAAGUUUUCAAUCCACAACUGGACAAAAAACUAAAUUCCAAGAUGUGGGUUAGCCUGUUUUGCUUCUGUUUGUCUUUAGAAAACACAGCCCAAACUCUAAUCUAAUAUAUAUAAUCGUACAUUAAAUGGCAAAACUCAUUAUAUUAAAAGCAUUAUUUUGUAUACCCCAUAUUUAACAGUCUUUAACUGUCUUUUGCUUUAUGUCUUUUCUACUAGCAUACUUCACUCAUCUGUCAACUUUCUUAUAGACAAAAGAAAAUAAAAUAGUUUAAGGGGGAAUAUAUUAUAUUGCUUUUCAGUUUUUCAGCAUCAAAAAACAUAUACCUAUAUAUGCAAUACACUACUUCAUCUUAGGUAAAGGCAAGUGGGAGCCAACAUUUGUAGCAUGGAGAACUGUGAAGAGGGAAAGGGGGUGUAAAGGAGAGAAAGAAAGGCCAAAUUCACUGUGUUAGUGUUUUCUUUUUUCAUAAGUAGGUGAUUGUUUGCAUGCAAGCUCAGACUGCACGUAUAUUCAGUAAUGGCACAAUGGAAACACUUUAAUACCUGGAGUACUGUAAACUGCACCGUACAAAAAAGUGCAAUCCCAUUAGAAUUACAUUUCAUUUUUGGAACCUUUUUGGACAUAAAUCGGCAUUAUGUAGUUGCCACUGAGCACCAGAUGAAACCAAUAAAAACAGUCCAAGAAAAGAGAAAAAAUAUGAUGUGCAAUACAUGAAAAUAUUUUGAAAGGAUUUUACCCCACAGAGAAAAAAAUUAUUCUAAAUUAACUGCCAAAAUCUAACAGCAGAAAUGAAAUCAGUUGCUCAUCCAGGCCUCACCCCAACAAACAUUAUCAAAUGCACUCACAGAGCAUUUUCUGGGGAAUACUAGACAAUACAAUACCAGAGAAGACUACUUAGAAGACUGGUCACUGGUUUAAAUGUAAAUCUCAUAAUGUUCAACAUGUCACCUCUUUACAGAUAAAAUCAUGGCCUAUAAUAAAAAGAGCCAGACAAGCUUGAUGGCUGUGCCUAAUCAAUGUGCUAGUGGCGAAACCUACCAAGAAGUAGCCAGAACCAGGCAAAAAAACUGUGCUUUGGUACAUUAUUGAGCCCAAUAUUACACACUUUAAUAAGAGUUUCUUAAGUUUUGUCAGUUAUUUAAAAUAUGUUUUAAACAGUUAUAUGAUCUUUAGUUUUGAGCGUUUUGGAAAUAACUGUCCGUUAGCAUUAUAUACUUUGACUAUAUUUAGUACAGUAUAGUACUAUAGUAUAGUAUAGUACUAGAACCUCAGUCUUCGUUUGUGCAGUUUUGGUGAGCCUUUGUCCACUGCAGCCUCAGCUUUCUGUUCUUGGCUGACAGAUGAGAUGCUUUUCUUCUCACCACAUUACCUGAAGCAACUUGGUGUAGUUACAUGAUUUUGUGCAUUCUACUUCUGCCAGUUGUUUGGCACUAUAGAUAAUGCCAUACAUGAACAAGAAGGUGGACAGGUAUUCCUAAAAGACUGCUUUGUGAGUGAGUUUAAUUUUCGUUUGUUGUGCAGUAGGCCACAAAUAAACGACUGCAAAAAUAUCUUACUAGAAAUUAAAUUUUCAAAUUUAAUUUCACUGUUCAUCAAAAAAGAUAUUCCAUUGUGAGGAUUGUGAAAUAUGAUGAGUGUGUUGAUACAGCCAGGGCGUUUCCUUAUUUCGUGCCAGUGCUGCAUAUUUGUGGCUUUCUUGUUUAAUUCAUUCCGUGUGUGUGGAUGUAGGGGUGUGUGGGUGUAUGCAGUCAGUCCGGACAGGCGUUUUUCCUUCCUAACCCUCGUCAAAGCACACCACCACCAAACACCUCAGCCCCCGUUUCAGCUGACAUCAGACGAAUUACCUACACAACGGUAACCAGCAAUGUAGGAGCCACUAAGGAAAAAAAGAAAAUAUAAAAUGCACCAAAAAAAGGGGGAAAAUGUUUUCAGAACAAAUAAGUGAAAAUAUUUACUACUUCCAGAACUGCAUGUGCUAUGUGCAUGCCACACCGUGGAACUUCAUCUUCAGGAAUUAAAAAAAAAGAAGAAGAAGAAAAAAAAAGAACAGUAUUAUUGAAGAACAUGAGUAUAGAUCAAUGUUUUUAAAAGCAACAUGUUCAUUUUCUUUCUAUUUUUUAAAGCAAAACAAAUAAAUAAAAACACUGAAAAAUGACCAAAAAAAAAAAAACUAAAGAGCCAAACGACUUUGGUGGAGAUUGUUUUGUUUGUUUCUUUUCUUUUUUUCUGCAAACUUGAAGGUGAGACACUCCGACACUAUGUUCAGGACACAUCAGAAUAACUGUCAAAAAAAGAAAUAAAAAAGGUGUGGAAAACA